CUGCCUCUCUCCUGCUUCCAGUCUUCGUCGGACAACGGGGAGAGUUACACAGCAACACACAGCGGCUGUACGGACGAAUUUGUCGGGAUAAUUUGACGUAAAAACUCGGAUAUUACUGGGAAAUUCGUAACACGUCGAUAAUGUUGGGUAGUUCAGGGAGCGCGGGAAUGUGGACAGGUCCCCAGUGACUGCAACCGACUGGCUGUCCCCUAGUAUCCUGCAGCACCAGCCUUUGAAGUGAGGCCAGGAGUGUGAACCACUCUCCAGCCAGAAAGACUCCUCCCAGUCCCUCCUGCUACCUUCAAAGCCUCUGCUGACACACAGUUUUUUUUUUUUGGCUGCCAAGGACACACAAAGUUACUGAGACAAGGACCCGGGAAAACAGACACUGGAAUUUUAAAGGACUACCCACCAAAGGCAAUAAUUUGAUCCUACAAAUCCUUACAGAGAUUAUAUUCAUAGGACCUAAACAUGGGGAACCAGUUAACAGAAAUCGCCCCCAAUACCCCAUUCCUCCCUAGCUUCCAGUCAUUGCAUGUAGUGGUGAUUGGUUUAGACUCCGCAGGGAAAACCUCCCUCCUCUACAGACUCAAGCUGCGGGAGUUUGUUGAGACAAUCCCCACCAAGGGAUUCAACAUGGAGCGGAUUAAAGUGCCCAUGGGGAACACCAAAACCAACACCACUGCGUUCCAGGUGUGGGACGUCGGCGGUCAGGAGAAACUGAGGCCCCUCUGGAAGUCGUACACCAGGAGGACGGACGGAUUGGUAUUCGUGGUGGACGCAGCGGAGACAGAGCGUAUGGAGGAGGCCAAGGUGGAGCUCCACAGGAUCACUCGGUCUGCAGAGAACCAGGGGGUGCCUGUACUGGUUCUGGCAAACAAACAGGACCUGGAUGGAGCCAUGUCAGCUUCAGAGGUAGAGAAAGUGCUGGCCCUCCAUGAACUGAGCUCAUCCACACUGCACCACACACAGGGCUGCUCAGCACUGGAUGGUCAGGGUCUGCAGCCUGGCCUGGAAAAAUUGUAUGAAAUGAUCCUGAAGAGGAAGAAGAUGCUCCGACACAGCAAGAAGAAGAGAUGAAGGGGGGGGGGGGGCGGUCACAGUGAUGCUGGGGAUGAACCUCGACUUGUUUGGUGAACUACUCAGCUGUCACGUCUGUGACACUUAUGCAACUUCAGUGGGUGAAACCAGAGGGAAAGCUGACAGUUCUUCAGAGAAGCUGUGACAUUUCCAAUCAAUUUCAAACUUAAGCUCUGAAGGCUGUGCCCAUGGUUAACACCUUCCCUCGUCUAUUUUGGACAGACUUGCUUCCUUGGGGACCAUUUCUUGCUCUUGAGCACCCAUCACUCUCCUCAUCUCCAGUCCUUAAAGGAGCAUGGUGGAGAAACAUUGAGGUCCACAGGCAAAGAGUAGAGGGAAUGAAAGAGGAGAAAAUCAGUGCAAUAUAUGAUGAACAUUCAUUCAAACAUUGAAGGAUAUUUUGUACCACUACCUGUGCAAACUCUCUGUUCCAGCAGAAACCUGCAGGCCUGGCCAAAGCUUAGUUCCUGUUCCUCUCACCAAGUUUAUAUCUUAUACUUUACUAUGAAUCUUUAUGUUGCAUGAUGUUCACCCAUAUAUCUGCUUGGGAAUAUUAAGCAACACUUUUGUUGAUCGAAAGAAGACCUUUGUAAUUAUUCUGGGUUAGAGACUGCCCAGUGUUUAGUUAGCUAUGCCAUUGGGACUACAGUUAACCUACCACCAACCAUUUACAGACUGACACGCUGAGGCUGUGGAGUCCAGCCAUGCAAGCUGAUUGUUUUUCACUCUUCACCAAAGUGGUUUGUUUGUCACAGUUUGGUGUAUUUCAGGGUUGGAUGACUGGUUGGUUAAGUUCAAACAAGAAAUUGUUUUUACAUGAUGUACAUAUUGUUUUGUAAAAUGUUAACAAAUGAAUAAAUUAUUGAGAAACUUUGGCAUUA